UUGGGAUGGGUUUCAUUUUAACACCUUCCAUUGCUAUUGUCGGUUACUAUUUCGACAAGUAUCGCCCUCUGGCGUCCGUGCUAACGUCAUGCGCUCACUCUGCUGGUACGAUGGUCGCUCCGAUGGUGACCGUUGCAUUCAUCGAUUCCUUCACCUGGCACGGUGCACUGCUCAUAACCGCCGGGGUGUGUAUGCACAUGGUGCUAGGAGGGAUGCUGUUCCGACCUCUUCCUGUAGCGAAAACGACGAACGGGACUGUGAGGAAGAAGACGGCAGCCCUGAGCAGCGGCGCCAUCAAGAAACUAGCACUGUACUGCGUGACGGCGGUGUGCUUUAAUGCUGGUAGCGAGUCCAUCCUGAUGUUCAGCAUCAAGUACGGAUUGGAACUGGGCAUUCCGAUUGAGACAGUCGCACAGCUAUGCAUAAUCCGAGAUGUCAGCAGUACGCUUAUCCGUUUCACUGUGGCUAUCAUAUCCGGCAGCUCGUGCUUCAAUCGCCGCAUCGCGUUUGCGAGCGGGAUCUCGUUAGGUGGCGCCGCCGCCCUGCUAUUCUUUUUUGCGCCGUCGCGAGCUCUGUAUCCGGUCCUACUGUGCGUGUACGGACUUGGAAGUGGUGUCACUUACUCGUUGGGAGCCUCCGUCAACGUAGAUUUGUUUGGAGUCGGGAAUCUUCUGACGAUCGAAGGAAUAGUCAACUUUGCCGCGGGUUGUGCAAGUUUCAUCGGACCCCUUAUCGCCGGUGCCAUGGUGGACCAAUUUGGAAACACGAGAUCAGCAUUCCUAUUUGGCGGGAUCAUGCUUCUCACGUCGGCGCUGUUUUUUGUCGGCGUCCUCCUCCUUAACCGCCGCCAGGUUAACAUCCGACGCGCCAGCGUGGCGAGUAGGAAGGCAUCCCGCCGCUCAUUUACAGUAGCAAACGACGACGAUGACGAGACGAUGACGAUGACGAUUUAUGACGAUGACGAUGACGAUGACUACGGAUGUCUUACACGUACGCAUAAGGUACAACGCGUAGGGAUGUAGCAGGAUCAGGGUGUAGCGGGAUCAGAGGUGUUAGGUG